AUGUCUAUCUGGUCUGCACAGACAUGUACAGUGGAGAAAUCUCUCUUUCUCCUCAGUUGCAGCUGCCUUAAAAUUAUAGGAAUUUAUUCUUUGGGCAGAUGUAGAAAGUAUAACUUUCCUUUCUUAACCUCAGAACACUGGUUCAAACACUUGAAUCUUCAGCUGCUGCUGCUGUGGUUUGUCAACUACAGAGUAUUUGCAGGAGCCACCGAUAAACCUGUGUCAGGAAUACUGGGAGGGGACGCCACCCUCUUAUGUGAAUCUGAUGCCACAGACAUUUUCAGGCUUGAUUUAAGCAGGAUAAAAAGCAUCAUCGCUUGUCAGAAUGAAACAUGUGACGCUGAGAGUGACAGUCAAAAUGGCCGAGUGUUUAAAGAAGGAGUAUGUGGCUUCAUCAUCAAAGGUCUGAGACUGAGUGAUGCUGGCAAAUACAUUCUGAGGGUCUAUAACCAUGAUGAUCAGACACUACAGCGGACGUACCAACUUUGCAUUCAAUAUACGAUUUCUGUGAAGAAAGGUGAGCCGCUGAAGUUGGACGUUCUGUUGUCCAACGCUGAUAAAGUGGAGCAUAAGGGCAAGAGAACCACAGGUGGGAAGGUGGUCUGGAGCAGAAGGUGGUCUGGAGCAGAAGCCACGGGGUCAGGAGCCAUCGAAUGAUCAUCAGAGACAGAAAACUGAUCAUUAAUAAUUUCACAGCCACUGACACUGGAACGUAUGAGGCUCUGGACUCUGAAGGACAAAUCUUGAUCAUGGUGACAGUGGACAUCCAGAACAACUUUGAUACAAGUGAGGAUUUUUGACAGUGCUCUUAAAUUAGAAAAACAAAUGAGCUCUGUCGUAAAAGACAGUUUAUUUGAAAUUGAGACUCUUGGCUAAAGUCAAGCCCAAACCUUCCACGAAAUGAGUUUGAAUGUGUAAUUCAUGUUUUUAUAACAUCAAGGCUAGACUAUUGUUACUCUUUAUAUGUUGGUGUGGAUCACUCAUUUCUUCAACGUCUACAGCUGGUCUUAAAUGCAUCAGCUCGACUUUUGACUGGGCCUAAAAAGUAUGAGCACAUUACCCCAGUGUUAGCUUCUCUACAGUGGCUUCCUGUUCGUUUCAGGAUUGAUUUUAGAUUUUAUUAUUUGCUAGCGCCUGUCUAUUUAUCCGAGCUUUUGAAUGUACAAGUACCUAUAAGAGCACUUAGGUCGUAUAAUCAGAAGCUUCUUGAUGUUCGGAGAACCAGGUAAGAAAUAUAGGUGACCAGGCUUUUUCAGUAUGGCACCAAACUUGCGGAAUGGUCUACCUGUACGCUUAAGAACUGCUCAAUCUGUUGGAAUUAUAAAGGCAUUUCUUAAGACACACCUGUAUUCUUUUGCUUUUAUGUCAGACUGAGUGGAGACAUUGUGUUGUUUUUAUUUUUAUUAGUGUCAUAUAUUUAUACAUAUAUUUAUAUUAUUAUUACUUUUACUUAUUGUAUUCGUGUUGCUUUUGUGUGAUUGUCUUUGGACAUUGUGAAGCACUUUGGACAACAAUGGUUGUUUUUCCAUUCCAUUCCAUUUUCUACCGCUUAUCCGAACUACCUCGGGUCACGGGGAGCCUGUGCCUAUCUCAGGAGUCAUCGGGCAUCAAGGCAUGGUUGUUUUUAAAUGUGCUAUAUAAAUAAAAUGGAACUUGAACUUGUUACAUUAA